AUUCAGAAACUUUUUAUGUGUCCACGUUUCCUAGGAUACUGUUAAUUUAUUACGGGCAUAUUACUCAGUGUCUAUCCACUUGUGACGUAGCUAUUCCGUCAGUGAAAUUUCAUAAUUAUCCUGAUGUUCAGCGUAGAUUUUACUUUCUAUUAUUGGAUGGGUUUUAAGCCAUGUCUGAAUUGAGUACAAUUGAAAGCCAAUCUGUUCUCUUUCUUCAUCUCUUGAUUGUCGUAAAGUACUCAGGGACCAAUAAGCUUUAAGAUCUUGGUUGUUAUUCAUUAAUCGGUGUGUCAAUUGACACUUUGUUCAUCUAUCCUAUUGGCAAUACAAGUGAGCUGAUCAGUAGUCAGAAUUCUGAUUACGUGAUUUUCUUAGUUGUUGGUCUAUAGCGUUAAAAGAAAAAGAUCUGUUUAAUUUGGUGCUAUAAUAGAAUACAAACAGUGCUUUAUUUAUUUCUCUCUCUUCCACACUCAUACACAAUCACCUAAUCAUUUAAUCUUCUUUUAACCCUACUAGAUUGUUUCUAUGAAAUGUCAGAGAAAAUACCUAUUGUUCUGUGUAGAUUGAGCCAUAAGAUAUUUAAGGCCUAGUUUACAUUGUUCACCUUAAAAAUUGUACGAUAACAUACUAAUACUCAACUAACACAAUUUUUAUCGUACUAAUGGUUUCUAGCUACAUAAAUUGUUGCAGUUUUCACAUUGAAUUUCAUAAUUAUAUCUUUUUAUAUUUUUAGACUAUGAUUUAGUACACUUGUUCACCUCAGUUUUACUUGAAGAUCCAGCUGUUCAAACAUGUACUGAACUUCGUGUUAUGUAUUACCAAAUGGCUAGUUUAUUUGUUUAUCAUACACCGAAUUAUGUUCACAUGGGAAGUGCUUGUGACCAAAGUUAUCGCCUUCGUAAAUUCACUGAGUUUGCCCGUCCUUGUUUAACAAGUAGUUUAACUGCUGUGGAUCUUCAAGAAAAAUAUACUGGUCUUCAAUUAUUAUCCCAUUUAAUUGCAAAAUUCAAUGUGUUACGUACAGCUACUGUACAAGUGUUUCAAUGUUUAGCAAAAGGCGCACAUACAGAAACAAAGAAAAUUGUUAAUCCUGCAUUGGAUAUUCUAAUUCCAGCCUGGAUACAGGGACCUGAAGACCAGGUAAAAAAACAGACGGAGGGAAUACUUUUAUAUAGCGUUCGUUCUCAAUCUUUGUUGUAUUUUGAUAAGUAGUUAUAAAGACAUAAUUUAUUUAUUAUGAUAGAAACAAACCAUCUCAACUAAGCGAGGACGAUAUUAUAUUCAUGUAAGAUCAAUUGAAGCAUAAUUGAAAGUAACAUUUGUUAAAUUCUAGAGUUAUACUGUCCCCUGCAUUAACUAAUAAAGUGUUUAAUGUAAUACAUAUAUUGGUUAUCUGUUUAUACUAUUUAUGAGUUUCUUCGAGAUCGGGGAAGAGGUGAGGAAGGGGAUUGAUAAACUGCUUUUCAUAAUUCCUCAUUUUCC